AUGGCGGGAAAACAAACUUUUGGAGAUUUGAAGUAUCUAUUUAUCCGAGGUUUGAUUAAUUAUGAGAAAUGGCAGAGAUCACGUCAUUACUUGAAGUCAGCAGCCGAGUGGACAUCAAGAGCUAUUGUCUCAUUAGAACUGACUCUACACCAUAUAAAGACUGUCCACCAGGCCAUGCGACUUGAGGGGAUUGGUCGUGGACUGGGUGACAAACUGAAGGAUAUCAUCUCCAAACAACAGUACUCUGAAGCAGCACCACAUGGCAGUCAGUAUAUCACCUCGGCAGCAGCCAUCUUAGUAACACUGCUUAAGUUAACACAUGGAAGAAGUUUAGGUUCCAGUGAUACAGCUUGGAUCCCUGAAGACAUUUUGAAAUAUGAAUCUCAGCAAAGGUGUGAAGAAAAAUUUCUGAAAAAUACAAACUCUGGUUUCUGUUGUGCUUGGUGGUGGAUUGAAAUUCUUAUUAAUCGACAGUUCAUCAAACGGAGAUUGGUGAAGAAAGUUCCUGUCUAUGAACUUCUUCCUCUUGGGAGAAACAUUGCUGUCAGACUACUGGAGUGAUUCUGCUGAUUGAUACACAGGAGAUGGGUGGAGAUCGCAUAGGACUGGGAGACUUAUGUGAGCAAGUUGGGCAGAACUGUAUUCGAUUCCGCACAGAGAGACUACAGUGUG